AUGCUGCAGGCACCCUGGAGCAGGAACGCCACGCUGCGCGGGCAAGCGGGCGCCCCCCCGACGCCGCGCUCGCACGGGCUGCUUCCCGGCGCCACGGAGCCCGCCGCGGCCGGAGCUCCUCCCGGCGGCCCCGGCGGCCCAGGUGGCGGCGGCGGCGCGCCCAUGGUGGCGGCGGGCAGCCUGCUGUCGCUGCUGGUGGUGUGGACCCUCCUGGGGAACGUGCUGGUGUGCGCCGCCAUCGUGGGCUCGCGGCACCUGCGCGCCAAGGUCACGCACAUCUUCAUCGUCUCCUUAGCCGUCUCGGAUCUGCUGGUGGCGCUGCUGGUCAUGCCCUGGAAGGCGGCGGCCGAGGUGGCGGGCUACUGGCCCUUCGGCGCCUUCUGCAGCGUCUGGGUGGCCUUCGACAUCAUGUGCUCGACGGCCUCCAUCCUCAACCUGUGCGUCAUCAGCGUCGACAGGUACUGGGCCAUCUCCAGCCCCUUCAGGUACGAGAGGAAGAUGACCCCCCGCGUGGCUCUGGCCAUGGUGGGCCUGGCCUGGGCGCUCUCCAUCCUCAUCUCCUUCCUCCCCGUCCAGCUCAACUGGCACAAAGGCCCCGACCCGCGCGCCCCCGGGACCGCCAGCCCCGAGCCGGGGAGCUGGGGCAGCAGCAACAGCACGGCGGCGGCGGCGGCGCCGUCGGAGCAGUGCGACUCCAGCCUGAACCGGACCUACGCCAUCUCCUCCUCGCUGAUCAGCUUCUACAUUCCCGUGGCCAUCAUGAUCGUCACCUACACGCGGAUCUACCGGAUUGCCCAGGUGCAGAUCCGUCGGAUCUCGUCGCUGGAGAGGGCGGCCGAGCACGCCGAGAGCUGCCGCAGCGGCGGCGGCGGGGGGCGCCUGGACUGCGCGCACCCUCUGCACCAGCCGCCGCCGCCGCCGCAGCAGCCCCACCACUCGGGCCUCAAGUCGUCGCUGCGCAAGGAGACCAAGGUCCUCAAGACGCUCUCGGUCAUCAUGGGGGUCUUCGUGUGCUGCUGGCUGCCCUUCUUCGUCCUCAACUGCAUGGUGCCCUUCUGCGACCGCCCCCCCGGCGACCCCGCCGCCGGCCUGCCCUGCGUCAGCGACACCACCUUCGACGUCUUCGUCUGGUUCGGCUGGGCCAACUCCUCCCUCAACCCCAUCAUCUACGCCUUCAACGCCGACUUCAGGAAGGUCUUCUCGCGCCUGCUGGGCUGCAGCCGGCCCUGCUCGGGCUCCCCGGGGGAGACGGCCAACCUCAGCCACGAGCUCAUCUCCUGCAACCAAGACACUUUCUUCUUCCGCCGGGAAGGCGCCGCCACCGACGCGGACAGGAUCCCCCACCUGGGGGGCGGCGGCGGCGGCUGGGGAGGCCCUUUCGACGGCGCGUCCCAGAUCUCUCCCGACCCAGAGGGCGCCACCGAGUCGGGCGACUGCGAGGGGGACAUUUCGCUGGGCAGGAUCUCCCCCCUCACCCCCACGUGUCUACUUUAG